AUAAAAAAUAGUGCUUUCUUACACAAUAUGUUUAUGAGACAAAUUACCGAAAUUAAGGUUGCUUUGGCUCCUUUCAACACUGCCUCCAAGUCCUCUAGAUUGUUUUUAAAUCACGUAAACACCAAUGGAGCUCGUAAAGUCAACCCCACCAUUAAAAUUGCCACUAACGUCUUAUCGGAUCCUGCUGCACCUUCUCACAUUCAAGUCGUUUAUCGUGACGGCCAAAAGAUCGCUUUGGACUCUGACAAAAUGAAGAUCAACAACAUUUUGCAAGUCGUUAACAAGCACGCAAAAAAAUUAGAGGAAAUCGAACAAGCUAAAUCUUGGUAAAGAGGGAGAAAAAUGGUCCCUUUAGGAUUUUUACUGUAAAUACCAAAUCAUUGUGAUUUUCAAAUAAAGCAACAAAAAUAGAGAAGAAAAACAUGGAAAAGAAUAGACUAGGG